GGCUGACUCCUCGGAAUCCAGCAGCCUGUUGGAAACUGAGCUAACGAGAAAUCGGCAAAAUGUCAUUAGCCACGGUUAGAAAUACAUAUGUCCUCAGAUUGAAGGAAAGUUCGAAUUAUGUUAGUAUCCAAACCAAAGAAGUUCUUUCAAAAAAUAGCAGUAGUUUCUUCUUCUAAAUGUGUUUUUUCCACCCGGGCAACUUGGGGGGUUAUUAAUGCACUAGAUAAGAAGUAAAAGACUCCAUUAUGAGGCCGCGCGUGCAGUUAGUCCACCAGGCCGUGCUGUGCCUCACUGCGGGCGUCGUUUCACCAGUUGCGGUGACUGGUUUGUCCUCGGGUGGUCGUGUCACGGACGAAAAUGGAGACUUUGUGGAUGACGCCGCCACGGACGGUGGGCACAGUGGAAAAAAUAGCAGAUCCUCGUCAACAACAUCCAGCGCUGCCGCGGCCGAGACUACAAGAAUCAGCAGCUCCGUUUUUGUGCAGUCCGGCGGAGUAGACGCGGAAGGGGAGUACACGGCUUUGGCGGGUUAUGCAGGAAAAAACGUGUUUCACUGGACUUAAACCAAAACUUGUUGUGAUGUUGUAGGUGCACUUAAAUCUUGCUGGAAAUGCAAGAACAGAGAACAGCUUUUGGUCGUGUUUCCCUAUGGUGCCACGCAUAGCAGAUUUAUUUUCCUGUCAUGCGAAGAAAGCUUGUCAUGCGAGUGGUUGUGUAAAAUGAAAAUCAAAUUUGUUACGUUGAGGAUGAAACAUUUUUUUCCUGCGAUACGGCUGAUGACGACGCUUCAGUGCAGCAACAGAAGCCGGAACAAGCGAAGAACUUUUUGGAGAAGAAAGAAAAAUGUUUUGAUGUUGGAGUUGGAACUUCCACAAAAACCAGCAGAGCAGGCUCUCCACGCUCCUCCCCGAAGAACGGGCCCGUCUCGACGUCCGGUGAAGGGCAGAAGGACGCCUCCGCAGCGACAAGGCAAGGGAACGCCGAUGCCAAAACACAAGUUGCGGCCGGAAAAGAUACCGCGAAAGGGAAGAGCGACGAGGAAGAAGAAACCAAUGCUAAUAUCAAAGUGAAAAAUGCCCCCACCCCAUACAAAAAAGGAAACUUCUGUUGCUGGAUUUCUGUAGUACACAAAGCGGCGUUGUGUUGCAGCAAGGGCUUGGAGGCAUUAUUUCCCAAGCCUAAUUGGGUAUGCAAAAGGCUAGCAGUCAGGCAUGGCAGACAGGUUUGCAGUGGGAAAGAGCGCAUGGCUACAGAUGGGCUGUUAAAUGCGCCCAAUUUUUGCUCCCAUUUACUCUAUUAUAGCAAGACACAGCCGAUUUGUGGGCACAAAUCGAAAUCAGCAUGACACACAAGUUUCCAUUUGGAGUAUGGGGAGGGUUUUUUUUUUCUCACGAUAGCGAAGACAAUGCUAGCAAUGGCGGGGGACAUCAUGGAGGGUACGAAAGUGGACUUAGCUCCCCCUCCCCCUCAUUUGUUACUCCCCAAGCUUCACGCCAGUCCGUGUCAUGUGGGGGCGGACCUGUGUUACAGUUUCGCGGAAGUACCUCCAUUAGUACACUUUUAACAUGUUGGGGCCACUUUCUUUGUAGAAGUGCCAGUAGACAAAAAAUGCCGUUCAAGUGGUCAGGAAGAUGAGGGGGCAAAGUUUUUUCCUUCCAUAGUGAAUGCGAGGAACAGAAUCUACGACACGAUCGAGCCGUACCUCCCAGAAGAUGCAGCGAACCGAGUAACUGCAGCGUUCAGUGUAUCUGAAGUAAAAACGUUCGCAUCUUCUUCCCAUAGUCACGCUGUGGAACAAUGUGCUAGAGAAUAAAUCCAGAAGCUUUCUUGUGAUGAACUCCGCAUGACACUAGUAGUGUACUACUACAGCUCGUCGUCUUUCUGCGAUUUAUUUCGCGCUCGCAGUAGAGAGACAUUCUGGAUGGGAAGAUGGGGGCGUUUUUCUACAGGAUAUACUGCGGCAAAAAAGCAGCUUGGCGACACGUACAUGGCAAUCACGGGGACCAUAUGAAUUGCAAAAAUGUCUGGGUCUGGAAGAAUGCAUGUUUGUCAUGCUUGUCUGGCAUAACUCUCAAAUCUGUCAUGCACAUUACCCAAGAGCUCCAUUUUUCUGUGAUGCAGAAACGCAGAUUGUCAUGCAGAAUAGGCAACACCUAGAAGCUCAGAAAAUUGUCAUGCUGAGCCAGCAUUUGUGGCCUCAUCAUGAGACGCCACCCAGCAUCACAAGUUUCCAGACCCAGACAUUUUUACAUUUGAUAGACCAUCGGCGGCUCCCUGUGGGGAAACACCGACGAGGAGAAGGAGUCGGAGAAGGAAAAAAAGCCGAAGGCGAAACCGAAGGGGAAAUGCAAGGGAAAAGCGAAGGGAAAAGCGAAGGGCAAACCGAAGGGGAAGCCGAAGGCGAAACCGAAGGCGAAGGGGAAGGCGGGAGCCGCAAACGGGAAACCGCAGGCGAAGGUGGGCGGGCGCGCAGGAAAGGAGAAUGGAGACUAGGAGGGAAGGCGAAACGGGAAGAGACGAGCAACGAGCAAGAGCUGCAGUUAAAAAUGAAUUUUUCAACCAUCAGGGUCUCUAAUACUUGCUGCAGUUUAACAAUUCCACUUGAAAAUGAAUGAGGAUCCUGUACGCGACACCUCUUCUCGAUUUGAUGUAAAAACCAUCGAGCAGAUCGAUAUCCAGGAAAGGUCUCCUUGGACGAAAUUUUUGAAAUGCUCUCCGAAAAUUAAGAAGUUCCAGCGCAAAUUCUUCCGAAAAAUGUAGUGCUGCCGCACGAGCGCGACAUUUCGCGGUAUGGAUAAAAAAAAACUACUAUUCUUUCAGGACCUCAU